GGAUCAGGGAGAAUCGUCACCCAACUUUCAUUAUUUCCAAGUGGUAUGAUUGAAUUAAAGGGCAAGAUGGCGGUUUGAGCGAGAGGGCUAUACGUGGUGGAGGGGGCUGGCGCGUAAUGGCGGGGUAUUAAAUUCUAAUUAGAGAUGCAGGGGAUCAAUGAUAGGGAGGUUGGACAGCCCGAUCCCCCAGUGCCAGCCCAAUAGACUGAUGAGUUAUUGUCAUGUAAAAAAGCGCUAGCAAUAAGACCCAAACGCUGUGCUAUUGUCCAAGCGGAAAGAGCCAAGUUUAUUAUGAGGACUAUAUGCUCUAGAGACCUGGGGCUAGGCGGCUCCUUGGGAGGCUUUUCAUAAAACAAGGCUCUGCUCCUAUAAAGGAGGGCAGUUUUUGAGCAGGCGCUGAGCAGUGCACAUCUACCCACGGCACGAGCCUCUUUCAAACCAGUCAAAAUUCAGCCUUCACAAGCUCCCCAGCUCCGUCCGCGUUUUGGCUUGCUUUUUUCAUGUGCUCCUCGCCAAUUUAAUCCAAUUUGAAUUUGACGUUUGUGUGUGUAUUUUUUUCCUUGGGAGUGCAGCUUUCCUUCUCCACUGAGCCUUUUCAAUGUAUAAAAUGGAGUAUUCUUACCUCAAUUCCUCUGCCUACGAGUCCUGUAUGGCCGGGAUGGACACGUCGAGCCUGGCGUCAGCCUAUGCGGACUUCAGCUCAUGCAGCCAAGCCAGUGGCUUUCAGUACAACCCCAUCAGGACGACGUUUGGGGCCACCUCCGGGUGUCCGUCGCUUACACCGGGCUCCUGUAGUCUGGGCACCCUGCGGGACCACCAGAGCAGUCCGUACGCCGCAGUUCCAUACAAGCUGUUUACUGACCACGGAGGUCUGAAUGAAAAAAGGAAGCAGAGACGCAUCCGGACAACUUUCACCAGUGCUCAGCUGAAAGAGCUGGAGCGCGUGUUUGCUGAAACCCAUUACCCAGACAUUUACACGCGAGAGGAACUCGCGCUAAAGAUUGAUCUUACAGAGGCUCGAGUACAGGUUUGGUUUCAGAACAGGCGCGCCAAAUUUCGCAAACAAGAGCGCGCGGCCGCUGCCGCAGCUGCAGCAGCAAAGAACGGAUCUGGAAAGAAAUCAGACUCUCGAGAGGAAGACAGCAAAGAGUCAAAAGCUACCGAUCCCGAUAGCACUGGUGGGCCCGGGCCUAACCCAAUCCCUACAUCUAACUGUGGUGGACCGAGUCCCACCGGCGGACAAGUCAGCGCGACAGUGAACGGUCCAGUUGAACAGGUGAAGACGUCAGUGGCUGGUAUGGGUGGCACUGCGCCGAGUCAAGGUUGGGCUACAGCCCCGGGCACCAUCACCUCCAUUCCGGACUCACUAGGCGGACCGUUCGCUAGUGUGCUCUCUUCAUUACAAAGACAGAACGGAGCCAAAGCCACUUUAGUAAAGACCAGCAUGUUCUAAGUUAAUGUUUGAUGCAGACAACAAAGCGACGGCAGCGAGUUUCAACAAACAAAACCGAGUUUACUCCAGUGACUGAUACAUGAAAAAAAGGAGAAUGCCAAAAGAAGGACUCACUUCUGAAAACAAAAAACACAAUUCUGACUACUUUUGAUGCCAUUGGUUUACACCACAAGCUGGAUAAUUAUACCAUGCACAUUAUGUUAUCAUUUUGACCUCAUCAGGACUUUUUCGUUAUUGCUGUGGUCAUCUAUAUCAUUUCCGAUGAAGUAAACUAACCAAUAGACUGCAAUGCGCGCUCUUGCUGCAAAGGACAUUAACAAAGGACUCGUGACUAUACAAUGUCAUUAUACACGUCAUUAUAUCUUGGCGCCAUACUUAUUUGUUUACAUUGACUCUAAAAGUACCAAUAGCGUAAGUUACAUGUCUGUAUUACAGAAUACUGCCAAAUGAGGCAUCUGUUAUAUAUUUUUACCUAUAAAUUUACCAAGCCUUAGAGCCAGGGGCUCUGCAAACAUUCAACUACAUAUUUACUAUUAAUCUAAGGCAAAUUGUUCUUCAAAAUGGCACAAGUACAUACUUCACUGUUGACAGGAAUACGUAAACGUUUUGUGUGUCUUUCUACAGCUGUGUUUUUGUGGCUCAAAUUGUAUAGUGUUAAAGCGUAUUGACGUCCUAGAUAAACAUUAGACCACAUCCCCCUUGUAGUUCACUGAGUCUUUAUAAUGUUUUACAAGUUAACAACUGGCGCAUUCUUUUAAAGAAAAAGGGAAUGAUGCAAAACAUUGUAUUUAUUUUCUAUAUUAUUUGCAUGUUGUCUUCUCCGUCCAAUUUUAUAAUGAUUUCAUCUAUUUUGUGAGCAUAAUGUACACGUUUUUUGUCCAGGAUUUGAGAAUUAUUUAUAUGUAGGUAAUGGAUGCUUAUAUUUAAGAAGGAAAUAUUUCUACAUGUGCACAUAGUUUUUCAGGUGUACCAUUGACAUGGCUGUUAUAAAAACAAUUAUGAUGCUGAAAAUAAUACUGUCCAGUUUUCUUUGAGGUAUCUGCAGUUAAAUUUCUGAGGAAAUAUGCAUUGUAAUUGAUGUUUUAUAUUCUCUAAAAGUAUAAGACAAAGAAUGUAACAGAAAUAUGUAAGAUCGGAAUAAUCUUAUAAAACAAUAUUAACGUGGAUUUAUGGAUUUACCAUAAGACCAAGGUGUAUAUCUGUUUCAGCACCGUGGACA